AUGGAAAGAAAAAAAUUUGAAGGAAGAAAAAAAGAUGGAAAAGCUAGAGCACGCAAAACAGGAUUUUCAAAAUUUUCUUAUCAACCAAAUAGAGGCAAAUUAUUUAAAUAUUCACCAUAUAAUAAAAAAAUAGAUGUUAGGAAACAUAUUUUUAAACAAUAUGGACGUAGUAAUUUAUCUAUGAUGAAUAGAAAAUAUUUUAAUAGAGGAAAUGCUUUUUUUUCAAGAAAUAAAAGAAAAUUAGGGAAUAAAUUUGAAGAUAGAAUAUAUGGAAAUUCUAAUGAGCAUGACUUUUAUCUAAGAAAAUCAAAAAAUAAUAAUUUUAGAAGAAGAAGAAACUCAUUUAGAAGUAAUAAAAGAAGAAAUUUUUUUUAUAAGAGAAACCAAAAUCUACACGAUAAAAUAGGAAAAUUAACUUCAAAGGAUUUGGAUGAUGAAUUGGACAAAUAUAUGGGAUCCAGUAAUGUAAAAACCAGAUUAGAUAAUGAUUUAGAUUCAUACUUCAAAAAUAAUGCAUUAACACAAGUAGAUGCUAACAAAGGAUUUAAUAAAGUACCUGAGUAA